ACAAAUUUAUGCAACAAAUAUAGCAUAAAUUUUCUCUCUCCCUUAAAUCAUUUUUAAAAUAUAUUCACUUGUCCGUUUCCAGUAUCCAAAAUCCAAAAUGGUUCCUGCUCCUUUUUAAAGAUCUCUCUCACUGUAUGUUCCCAGAUUCUGGAAGAAGAAGAAGAACAAUGGGCAGAGCAACCCGGUGGCUCAAGGGCCUUUUCGGUAUAAAAAAUACAAAAGAUUCCGGUCACCGGAAAGACACCACUCCGUCGUGCAUCGGCCGGUCUCGUCGAGACCCCUCCCUUUCUCCGCCAAUGUACACAAUUCAGUCAGAAGAGGAGCAGAGCAGGCACGCAAUCGCCGUCGCUGCUGCCACCGCCGCUGCCGCUGACGCCGCCGUUGCCGCCGCCCAAGCAGCCGCAGCUGUUGUUAAGUUGACUAGCCAAGGGUUUGUCGGUGGUGGUCGUGAAACUGAAACCUUAGCUGCCGUCAAAAUUCAAUCGUUGUUUCGUGGAUAUCUGGCACGAAAAGCAUUGAGGGCAUUAAAGGGAUUAGUGAAACUUCAAGCGUUGGUACGAGGAUACAUGGUGAGAAAACAAGCAGCUGCUACCUUGCGCAGCAUGGAAGCAAUGGUGAGAGCGCAAUCUAGCAUUUGUGCGCCCAGAUUUCAUGCCAUGAACAAUCUUCAAAAUUCUAAAGAGGGGUUCGAUGAGGCAAGGAGUGAGUACACAACAUCUAUUCACAGCAGAAGGCUGUCAUCUUCUUUUGAAACUUCUCUAAUGGAAGAAAGCCCAAAAAUUGUGGAAAUGGACCCUGGAAGGCCCAAAUCAAGAUCCAGAAGGACCAACACAUGGGGAUGGACACCGGGUUAUGCCAACAACAACCCGAGUGCCCAAAUCCCCUCUUCACCUCAGCGACACCACUCCCCUGCCCGUUUACCCUUACCCAGCUCGCAAAGCCACGAGUUUGAGUGGGCCUCACAUAUAGGGCUUAAUCGGUAUAGGCCCAUCUCUCCAUCCAAGAGUGUGUGCACAGAUGGGUCGUCAAGCAAUCGGAGCUACAUGGCUAGCACCAAAUCAUUUAGUGCUAAGUUAAGGUCUCAAAGUGCACCAAAGCAAAGGCCUGAAUAUGGAUUCGGGCACAAGAAAAAGAUGUCGCUCAAUGAGAUGAUGGAACCAAGAAAUAGUGUAAGUUUCGGGGUGAAAAUGCAAAGAUCGACUUCACAAGCCCAAGAGCCGACUAGUUUCAAGACUGCGGUUUCGGGUAGGCUUGCCAGGUAUUCGACGGAUAUUCGAUGGUGACCAAAGUUGUUUUGUCAAUAAACAAACAUUCAGCUUAAAUGAUUUUAGAGUUCAUCCGAUUGGGAAAUUGUGCAUAAGAUUUGAAGGGGAGAUCAAAUAUGAUUUUAAGAUUUGGGAUUAGAUGAUUUAUUAUAUUAGUAGGUUAUUGUUGAUCCACCUAACAUAUUAUUUACUGAUAUUAUGCUCAUUAUUAAAUGAUGUUUUACUGUUUUAUUCAAA